UCAUAUUUAUGGUGAUUUGACCUAACAUCCCAAUACCUAAAGAAAACAGAAAACCUGCUUGAGAAAACCUGACUGUCUUGCUUAGCGAGCUGAUAUCGCUGCACAAUGAAGACGAAAACAAUACUAGCGCCCUUGGUUCUACUGCUUACGUCUAUUCUUAUAGCGCAGGGGUAUUACUCACAGGCAGUUGAAGAUGAUGGCAGCCAAGAUACCAACCGAGAUCCGAGUUUUCUACGAGAACUUUUUAAACGACAUCAGGUAUAUAGAGGGUGGACUACUAGAAGGACAAGACGAUCAAGAUAUAGACGCCCGUGGAAAAUAGGUACAGCAAAACCUUCGCUACCAUUUGUUAGACCUACUACAAAAGUAACUGUUCCUUCGACGACAAGUCCGGAAAUUUGCCUUAACCACACAAAGGUCUCUCGCGUCCAAGAUGAACUUGGCGCCACAGUGUGCUUGCGUAGGACUAAACAAGAACUGCUGGUACAGUUAGAGUCUGUUGGAGGAUUUAUCAAACGAUACACAGCUAUUAAUGAGACCGACGCCUGUGGCUUUGAAGAACUGACAACGUUAUCGCGUGAAGCUGAAGCGAAGAGCUCCGAACUCACGACUAAGCCUACGAAAACUCCCGAAGUCAAAACGCCAGCGAGUACGAAGCGUCUUAUUCAUAGCGGUGACCAGCGGCGAUCUGAUCAAGCGGAAUACGACUUCAAGUUACAACGUAUGAAAAGGAGCUUUCCCACGUCUCCAGGUACGCGAAUCCGUGGGUGUCAAGGGCGGGGUACGAUACCAGACGGCUCAAAUCUACAUCGGUUAUGCACCGAAUGUGCGGCUACCACUCGGCUGGGCGACGACCGAUUUCCGAAUUUCAUCAACGAAGUGAUUUGUCGUGACAAAGACCGCCAAUGUGCAGCAAAAAUGGGAAUUUGCUUGCAGCGGACACUUCAGCUGUCGUUCUUGCGAUUUUCCGGCAGGUUUGAGCUCGACAGGCAGCUGAGCACCCUUACGGGAAAAACUGUGUAUAGUGAAGUCUGGGAGCAAUACACUCAGGAGAUAAGAUCGUGUUGUGAAUGUCAAAUGUACCCCUACAUUUAUCACGAGAUUGCUUCACGGGAUGAUGGUGAUGAUGGUGACGAUAGUGAUGAAGAUGACGAUAUUCAGAGUUGACCUACAUGUAAACAACUAAUUCUUAAAUUCCGCUAGUUGCGAUAAAAGAUUUUAUUUUUUGCAAAUCACGUCUAUAUAUUUCAAAACUCACGAAUUCGAUGGUUUAUUAGCACGUCCUUCCAGUAUUUAUUAGACAGAAAUGUACGAGUCAUGGCUGUAUAAAUGUAUUGGACAGUAAUAAGCAGACGUCAGCUCCCUACCAUAGCUAGCGAUGAGAUGAAUCUGCAUCAUACGUCAAUUUAAACACACUGUUAUUGCACUGUAUUGUAAGGUUCUCUAUAACAGAGUUAAAAAACCAAGGGAGGGGGAGAUACUCUCGUAUUUAACCGUAUAUGCACGGGGACCUGCAAGGGUAUGUGGCACUUGGGAGGGUCGGGGAUUGACUUAAAUGUCUGAGACAGAAUGUUAGACACCAAGGAAGCAAUCUUUCCAAGGAAGUUUUCUCAACAUUAUAAAUUAUGUGAUUUUAACGUUUGUAUUACUUAUUCUAAUUAAGUUUCUAUGACAUAAAAAUGUAUAUGAUGAAAGAUUACGAAAAAAGGGAAUUAAAACUGCGAUUUUGCAACAACAAGAACCUCUAUUUUACCCUAGAGCCUACAUAGGUAUUCAAAACGAAUGGACGUACUAGCUACCUGCCCAUGAAUACGGAAACGAUUCAUUCAUUCAUUCCCUGACUGAUAUUGAUCACCACUGACAUUCAGGGAAUAAAUUUAGGCAUAUGCAUAUCCUACAAUAUAAACUGGACUAACAUCUUCUCUAACUAUCGGAUGGUUUAAAUACUAUGGAGUAAUUGUUCCCCUAUU